GAUUUCAUUUUGUCUUUUCAACUCUGUGUGAUCUUGUGCGCAUUCCUGACAUGUUACAAACAGCUUGUGUCUCUGAAUGUGCAGUAUUAAUUUUCAGUGGUGAAAGCCCCAAAAGGAAACAGACUGAUUCUUCCAUGCACAAACAGCUGGGCAGUUGUGGAUGGAAUUAAUUGCUGAUAUACAUUGGCUGUGUUUUUCUUCUCUUGUCAUUUCCUUUGCAGCUGUGAAAGUGAAGUUUGACUUGAAAACAGACAUUUCCAGCAGUGCAAAUCCAAAAAAUAUCAAAAUGGGAUUCUUUAAAUAUAAUAUCUGCUACCUGGGAGUUCAGUUUGGGGGUGAGAUGGAAAAGAGCAAAGGAUGGCAGGCCGUUCAUAAAUACAUACAUGGUUGAAAAAUAGCUCAAUCACAUGGACUAUGAGAAGUAUUUUUGAAUGGAUUUAUUUAUUUUAUGGCAAGAGCAACCUCAUAAUCCAACAAAAAGCUAGAUCAGUCAGCAAGCACCCCCUUCCUAGGAUCCUGAAAGAGAGUGUUCUAGGCCAUCUCUGAAAACAUCAGGGGAAAAAAAAGAAAAUAUCAAAAUGUUCAGUACUCCAGACUGGUUUAUUGUUCCACUGUGAAAAAGUAGCAAUUGGCAAGGGUAAUGUGACAACAUGUAUCAUUAAAAAUAAUAUUUUCCUGGUCUUAUCCAAAAGCCUUUUCAUUGUUUUAAAUUCAGUGUAAAUGAUUAUAUAGCUUAUUUUUUUGCAUAUAUGAAAAUUUUACUGAAAAAGAAAAAAAAUUUUUUAUUCCAUGAGUUACAGGAGUUCAAUUAAAAGUUACUGUUGGUUGUAUGUCUGCAAGUACACAUAUAGGAGUAGUAUUGAUUAAAAUCACUUUGAACUAUAAGGAGAUGUUUGGUAACAGUUUCAAGAACUGAUACAUUAUUUUCAACACUAAGUUUCUAGGCAGUAUGUGUACAUCUUACAGGAUAUCUUAUUUGGCAAUCAGAAAAAAUCAAAACUCUUAUGAAAUUAUUUGCAGAAGUAGGUGAUGACAAAAUAUAUAUAAGUUUGGUAUGUAAAUUCGUGAUUUUCACCAAAAUAAUUCUUCCUUUUAUGUAUUUUAAUAUUCUACCAAAGCAAGUUUAUAAAUCGAAUCCCUUAUUUUUUAAGGCAACUCUUGCUAGUUAGUGGAUAAGAAAAUGCUUUUAUUCUUUCUGCAUUGCCAGGAGAACUAGACCCUUGACAGAGAAGGGUGGGUCAUGCUUUUAUGUUCCCGAUGGGGCCCCCUGUUUGGGCCAACUAGGCCAAAAGUAAAGUUCUAGAGUGAGCUGUGUUGCCAACACCUUGAGAUAUGCAGAAGCUUCUAUUGCUAAACUUAGAAGCUGGCAUAGUUGGACUUCCUCUGUAGUAGUCAGUUCCCUUCCUCCUCGCAUUCUGCUGGCUGAGCUGCGUGAUCUACCUUGCAUUUUAUCUUCACUUUCUUCCCCAAGAAGAAAUGAGCCCCUAUUUUAUUUCAUGGCAGGAAGGCUGAUCUACAACAUGAACUUUUUCCCCAUUUCUUGGAGGAUCAUCAGCCAAUUAGUUUUGAUUCUGAGGCCCUGAAAAAUGGGGCAGCAGUAGGAGUGUGCAACGUGCUGUCACUGAAGUCGGCUUGGGUGUGUUGUUUCCCCCAGAGUGGGCUCCACCCUUGCCCUAACCGCACCUGAGUGUGGAUAUCUCACUGUUUAAAAAACAAGGUUCAUUUUUAGGGCAGCAUUGCUUCAGAAUUGCCACACAAAAACCAGCUUAAGAAAUGUACAGCAACUUCAAAUUGUUUUGUAACAAAGGGAGUCCUUCGACUUGAAGCAUGAGUUCAGAUGCCAGCCAAGGUGUGGUCACUACUCCUCCUCCCCCCAGCAUGCCUCACAAAGAGAGAUAUUUUGACCGCAUCAAUGAGAAUGACCCAGAAUACAUUCGGGAGAGGAACAUGUCUCCUGAUCUACGGCAAGACUUCAACAUGAUGGAGCAGAGGAAACGAGUUACUCAGAUCUUGCAAAGUCCUGCCUUUCGGGAAGAUCUGGAAUGCCUUAUCCAAGAACAGAUGAAGAAAGGCCACAACCCAACUGGAUUGCUGGCAUUACAGCAGAUCGCAGAUUACAUCACGACCAAUUCUUUCUCGGGCUUUACUUCACCACCUCUCAGUCUCGGCAUGGUCACACCUAUCAAUGACCUCCCUGGGGCAGAUACAUCCUCCUACGUGAAGGGAGAGAAACUUACUCGCUGUAAGCUUGCCAGCCUGUAUAGACUCGUGGACUUGUUUGGAUGGGCACACCUGGCAAAUACCUAUAUCUCCGUAAGAAUAAGUAAGGAGCAAGACCACAUAAUAAUAAUUCCUAGAGGCCUGUCUUUUUCUGAAGCCACAGCCUCCAAUUUGGUGAAAGUCAAUAUCAUAGGAGAAGUGGUUGAUCAGGGAAGUACUAACUUGAAAAUUGACCACACAGGCUUCAGUCCCCAUGCUGCGAUCUAUUCAACACGUCCUGAUGUUAAGUGUGUGAUACACAUCCAUACCCUGGCAACAGCAGCUGUAUCCUCCAUGAAGUGUGGGAUCCUUCCAAUUUCUCAAGAGUCCCUCUUCCUGGGAGAUGUCGCCUAUUAUGACUACCAAGGGUCACUUGAUGAACAGGAGGAGAGAAUUCAACUACAGAAAGUUCUGGGGCCAAGUUGUAAGGUGCUGGUACUCAGAAAUCAUGGUGUGGUAGCCCUUGGAGAAACGAUUGAGGAGGCUUUUCAUUAUAUAUUUAAUGUGCAGAUAGCCUGUGAGAUUCAGGUGCAGGCAUUAGCAGGGGCAGGUGGAGUAGACAAUCUGCUUGUGCUGGAUCUUCAGAAGUAUAAAUCUUUCACUCAUGCUAUAGCAACAGCUGGAGGAGGAGGAGUGAAUAUGGGCUCCCAUCAAAAAUGGAAGGUUGGCGAGAUUGAGUUUGAAGGGCUGAUGAGGACUCUGGAUAAUUUGGGGUAUAGAACAGGCUAUGCUUAUAGGCAUCCUCUCAUUCGAGAGAAGCCUAGGCACAAGAGUGACGUGGAAAUCCCAGCAACUGUGACCGCUUUUUCCUUUGAGGAUGACACAGUGCCACUCUCUCCUCUCAAAUACAUGGCACAGAGACAGCAGCGUGAAAAAACAAGAUGGCUGAACUCACCAAAUACUUACAUGAAAGUGAAUGUGCCUGAGGAGUCUCGGAAUGGGGAAACCAGUCCCAGGACCAAAAUCACAUGGUUGAGAGCAGAGGACUCUUCUAAAGUUAGUAGUGGAACACCUAUCAAAAUUGAAGAUCCAAAUCAAUUUGUUCCUUUAAACACAAACCCAAAUGAGGUACUAGAAAAGAGAAAUAAGAUUCGAGAACAAAACCGGUAUGACUUGAAAACAGCUGGACCACAGUCGCAGUUGCUUGCUGGAAUUGUUGUGGACAAGCCCCCUUCUACCAUGCAAUUUGAAGAUGACGAUCAGGCCCCACCAGCUCCUCCCAACCCCUUCAGUCAUCUCACAGAAGGCGAGCUUGAAGAGUAUAAGAAGACAAUCGAGCGUAAACAGCAAGGCCUGGAAGAUGCUGAGCAGGAAUUACUCUCAGAUGACGCUUCAUCUGUUUCACAAAUUCAGUCUCAAACUCAGUCACCGCAAAAUAUCCCUGAAAAAUUAGAAGAAAACCAUGAGCUAUUUUCCAAGAGCUUCAUCUCCAUGGAGGUGCCCGUCAUGGUGGUGAAUGGCAAGGAUGAUAUGCAUGAUGUUGAAGAUGAGCUUGCGAAGCGAGUGAGUAGAUUAACCACAAGCACGACCAUAGAGAACAUCGAGAUUACCAUUAAGUCUCCAGAAAAAAUUGAAGAAGUCCUGUCACCUGAAGGCUCCCCUUCAAAAUCGCCAUCCAAGAAAAAGAAGAAAUUCCGUACUCCUUCUUUUCUGAAAAAGAACAAAAAAAAGGAGAAAGUUGAAGCCUAACUUAACUCUUUUUAUAAUUAUUAUUAUUACAAUGUGACAUUGCACAUUUAAAUACCACACUUAAGUUGAUAAUUAAUAUGCAGUGGUAGAGAAGACUGGGGGUAUGUAGCAAACUGGACUUUAAGAACUGGAAAGGGAUUUUACUAAAAGAAAAACAUAUUAUGAAAAGAACUUCAAAUUCAUCUCUCAUUUUGUAUGUCCAAAAAAGGUUUUGAAUUUUUGAAUAAUUGCUAGUUUUAGUUAGCUCUGCCCUCAUGAAGUAUUACUAUAAUUCACCACAAACAGAUAUCUGUCUGAAUUACUUCAGGCCUUCUCCAUAAUAUCUGUUGGAAACGAAAUACCAGUGCACAAGCGAGAGAAUUUUUAUUUCUCAACACCUGCUUCACUGGGUAAUCAGAUUAUAAUUUUUUACCACGAUUAUUGACCGUACCUUUUGGGUUCCCAUUGUUUCAGUGGGCAUUAACAGAACGCUUUAAAAGCUUCUAAGAAUCUAUAGCAUUAGUAUACACUGGCACAGAAUUUUUUUAAAAAAAAAGUUUAAGAAAAGAUUCAUCUGGAAUUUUAUUCAUAGUAUAAAACUUCCUCACCUGAAGUAACUUUCUUUGCCAAAAAAAAAAAAAUCAUUUUAGUAAACUAUAAUUUUUGAAAACUUCCUUUUUUAUUAGUUGAGAAAGCCCCUUAUUUUUCAACAAAGGGGAUUUUGUACACGUACAUGGGUUAUUUAGUUUAACUCUGGCAAAAACGAUUUUUGUAUGUUGAGAUGUUUGUAUACCAUUCAAUAUAAAAGCAUCAUAAGCAUAUUAGCCAAUCAUAUAACAGUAGAGCAUAUUUGAAGCUGCUUCGUACUAAGUAUGCUUAAAUCUAAUUCAAGAAUCCAGGCACUUGGUAUCUAAAGGAGAUUAAAGCAUUUCAAGGUAUAACUAGAUUCACAUUUGAACCUUAUAAUGUAUUUUUCUCUUAGUAUUGCUAAUGAAUGAAGAUGGUCUCAUGAGGGAAACAAAUGAAAAGGAAGAGAGAAAGUGAAAAAUGAAGGGAACAAAAGCGGUGUCAUGCCAAGAAUUCUAGUUUGAUGAAGACCCACAGUCACGAUAGGAUUUGAAGCAUAGGUUUAUUUGGAACGUGUCCCAGAUUUCUAAAAUUCUGCUUCUCUGCCAAAAUCAUCGUGUUUCUUGGUUUCCUUUUAACUUCUGUAUCUUUAGAAGCAGCACUAGAAGAAAUCAGUGGGUCUGAUCCCCCAACGAGAAAACCUACCACUUCUUGAUUUUUACAAAAUUUUCUCACCUUAUUUCAGUUAACUUUCUUUCUAAUGUAAAUACAAAUUUAAACCUAGACUUAAUAUAGUUUUCUCCCCUUCACCGAAGUGAUGUCACAAAUCAAUGUAAAAUCGAUGAUCCGAAAUGGUCAGUGGGUGAAAAUAAUCCAAAGUGUUUCUGGAGGAUGAGUUGGCGUGUCAAAAUCACAUUACACAUGACAGUGCGUUCUGGAGCAGCUGGUUCUGUUUGGCCGUAUGUGUACGAUGAUGCAAAGCUGAAACGGAGCCUGGAAAUUUCAUUCUGGAUCUCACUAACUACUGGAAUCAGUGUUUUAAUCUCUUAGCAGAAACUUUCAGUUGCUUACUUCUGUAUUUGAGGAUUUUUUUUUUUAUGUUCUACAUCAUUUAUGUUGUAUUACAACGUAUGUAGAAACAGUAACCUGUGAACUAUGCUUUUCCAUAACUUUUUAAAUAUAUAUAUAUCUUAAAUGAAUGCAAUGUGCAUAAAUAUUUUUUAAACGCAACAGUGAACUAUUUGCACCUUUUGCUAAUGCCUCUAUUUACUUGCUUUGGCAUAAAGAAUGAGCCAAUGAACCUCUGUGUCCUGUGGAAAAUGUAUAAAUGUUAUCUGAUAUUGCUCUUAGAUGUAAUGCUAAUUAAUGUUAAAUCACAAAUAAACAGUAUUUUAAAUAGA